AUGGAAUCACGGCCAUUGCUAAUCAAAGUUUUAGAGAAAUCCUUUAACUGUAACGCUCGAUUAGUGGCUGAAUAUCCAAUUUUAACAAUUGUUAUAUGUGUUCUAUUCACAAUAAUUUCCACUUCGAUAAUACCAUUUAAAAAAAUAAAGGAUGAUUUCAAAAUCGGCUAUACGCCUAGUGAUGCAAGGUCGCUAAAAGAAAUGGAAUCAUAUAGUAACUUUAGCAACGGUGAUUUAAUAGCGUUAAUGGUUUAUGUGACAGCAAAAGAUGGUGGAAAUAUGCUUCGAAUCGAACAUCUUAAUGCGACUGUUGAUUUAAUUGAUAAUAUUGGAUCGAAUUUCAAAAUCAAAAAUUCUAGCUUUUAUGAAUUUUGUGACAAUUUUUGCAACGCAAAUGAACCAGUUGCUGUUUUUCGGGCAAGAAGAAAAAAGUUAAAAAAUUUAUUGAUCAAUUGUGAUGAAUUGAAAAAAAAAAUUACAACAGCUAAUGGUCUUAUUAUUCAACAAAACAAUUUGCUCGAUUCUGGAUAUAUUGAUAAUGACCGUAUCAAUUUAUCAUAUCCAUUUAUGUCAUUCUUUGGACGAUCUAUCGAUCUAACAAUGAAUUUUCAUGGUGUUGAAUUAAUAAAGAACAUGGAUAAUGUUGUUGACGUUAUAACCAAUUUAAAAUCUCUAAAGCUUAUAUUUUUAAUGUUUCGCGCUAGUAAACCACACAAUUGGACCGAUGAUGAUAUCGCUGAAUGGGAUCAUAAUGUUGCUGAUUUCUGUGAUAAGUAG